CUUCAAUCUCAUGUUCUCCUGCGCUGAGCUCUCUAGGGGGCACUAUAGAGCUUUCACUUACCUUGAAAGUAAUAAUAUCUUGAAAACGUGUUGAGGUUAUAUUUGCUUCUACUUAAAUGGAGAUCCGGCGAUCAAGGCAAUCUCGCAUUAUAAUGGGAAUGAAACUUCCGCCCGCCUGACUAUCUCGGAGCGAUGCACUGGAUUUACUCAAGGCUGUACACCGCACAUCGCUAUAAAACCUUCAAGUUGAGUGAAUCCAGCCCCCGCCUAGUCAUCCUUCUUCCUCUCUCAUCCUUGGGUCUGCACCUACCACCAGCGACUUCUGUAUCUAAUCAUGCGUUGGCAUCACUUCCUCUGCUGUCUGCCCCUCCGUUUGGGUGCUUUGAUCAUCGCUACUUUAACCCUUGCUGGAAGCGCGCUUGUAGCAUUAGGCGCUUGGUUCAAUGUUCACGAUAUCAUUAACAAGACGCUCAAGCUCUCCAAGUCAGGAGAAAUCACCAUGUACGCCAUCGCUGGUGUGUACACCCUUGCUGCCCUUAUAUCCCUUCUCGGCCUGAUUGGUGUCUUGACCACGAGGCAAGGCCUUGUGUCCACGUUCAACGGUCUACAAAAAGGGUCAUUUAUCGUCAGUUUGGCGAUUGGUGCCUACUCUUUGUACCUCCUAUUCAGCAACAAGUACGACACCUCUGAUUGCAUAAGCUCUGUCGAUGUUAGCGCCGAUACUGCGAAGCAAGUCUGCGACACAACGCUCAAAAUAUCGAAAGCUGCUAUUACAACUAUCUAUGCCAUUAUAUGGCUUAUUCAAUUCUAUGGUCUCUUUAUUGUGCACAGCUACGUUCGGGAACUGGAAGAGGAAAGAUAUCACCGAAUGUCACAGAACACGCAUUAUGAACGUUUCGAUACUACACGAAUGUUUAUUUUCCCUGUAUUCUUAAGCUGUACCGCGGAGGUAUCUGGUAGUGUCCCAGUUAUUUCUGAUGUCAGUCCCCGACUUGGGUUCGAAUCCCAUUCAAAAGAUGACGUUGAAGCCACCAACUUUUUCUUUGUGGCAUGCUGA